UUACCACCUUUGUUCCCAAUUCCCAAAUUCCCCUUCCUUCUCUUUCUCUGUGUGGCACACUGUAUAUAGCACUUUACUUUUCUCUUCAUUUACUAGUUGGAAUCCUGAACUAAAAAACUACUAAAGCUGUAACUCUUUCUUUCCUCACCAAGACACAGCAAAAAAUAUCAUGGAAGUUCUCUCCAUGUUUUGGUUCAUUUUCUUCAUUCUUGUAAGUCUAUUACUCUUUCAGCUUUCUCAGUCAGCAACUGAAUUUGUUGAUGGAGUUUCAAAAUGGAAAAAUUCAACUGUCCAAAUUGGGGAUACCAUCAUUUUCCAGCAUAAGUAUCAGUACAAUCUCUACAUUUUCCAGAACCAGAAUGCCUUCACUUUAUGCAAUUUCACUGAAGCUACACUUCUUACCAAAUCCAACUCCAAAUCCUACACAUGGCGCCCAUCAAGGCCUGGUAUCUUUUACUUCUCAUUCAACAAUGGUAGUGGUACUGCGUCUGCAGCAUCAUGUUUACAAGGCCAAAAGCUAGCAAUUAAGGUAUCACUUUCACCUGAACUGUCACCAGCGGCAGCUCCACCAUUUAUAUCUGGCAGCAUUGUGUCAUCUUCUCCGGCUUACACGUGGCCAUUGCCUCCACGACAAACUGCUUCUCCUGCUAAUAGUCCAAUGGUUCCACAGAAAGGGAGUGAUAUUCCGUUUAUAAACAGUAAUCCAGCAGUUCCUUUGCCCACUGGUGAAGUAAAUUCUGCUACUGUCCACCCUUUCCUCACUUCUGGUUGCCAUGUAACACAGGCGGUGAAGUUUGUAGCAAUUCAAAGCUCCUUGUGCUGUGCAAUUUUCUUGAUGCUGUUUUAAAAUGACCAAAAGGGAGAGAAAGUAAGAGAUAUUUGUAAGUCAGUACAUGUAAAAAGAAAAUUGCACUGUAGCUUUAAAACUAAAAUAGCUUUAAAGUGGUGAUAAUGAUGAUUAAUACCAUGUUUAGUACUGUAGUAACAGUAUUUGGUGUUAUAUUACUAUCCUUGACCCUA